AUGGCAGUUCACAACGAAUCUCAACUUAAUUCAACGCCUUAUUUUGAUCCUGAAAAGCACCCGAAAGACACUCUAAAGGCUUUCACGGAAUUUGUCAUAUGCUUUGAACUACGUUAUGAUGCCCAAUAUCCGGAUCCACCAAAAGUUUCCCUGGAUGCUGCAUUAGAACGAUGGAAGAUACAAAACACUACCGCAGAAAAUAGAGAUCCCAAACCUACUAUUCUCCAACAUGACACAGUUAGAAAUGCAUGGCGUGUGGCUAAGCUUCUUGGUAUGUUUACUUCCAGCAGAUUCUACGCUGAUUGGCUGACAGCUGAACCUGACGAACAGAUCCGUAAAGAUAUCGGUUGGGACGACUUUCUAACCAAAAUGCGGCGAUUUUAUAAAGGAUCUGAUAAUGAGACUGUCCAAAAUUUCCAUUUUAGAGAUAUUUCACAAGAACCUGAUGAAACAUUCCCAGGUUUUUGCAACAAAGUUAAAAGAGAAGCUAAACAUUGUGCUUUUAAAUAUGACAGUCCUACAUGUACAGCGGAGUCUACAGCCAUCAGAGAUCAGAUAAUUAUUGGAACAUCCAACAACAAUAUCAGAGAAGAAGCUCUUCUUAGAGAUUGGAAUCUCACAGAUUUAUACCAAAAAGGGAUGGCAAUGGAGAGUGCUGCUAGAGGUGGUACCGAAAUUGCAG